AUGCGCAAGGUUUCCUUGGCCACCAAAAACCCAACUGAAGGUAACUUGAGUCCUACAUGGGAAGGUCCUUAUAAGAUUACAAAGGUUUACCGCCUCGGCACUUAUCAGCUUCGUGAUACCAAAGGCAAGACUUUGUCUCAUUCUUGGAACGCUGAUCACCUCAAGUACUACUAUAAGUAA